GUGUCAGAGUACCUCUUGCAACUGUGUCCUUCGCGCCAGCGGAGUUGGCCAUGGAAUUUGAAUCCCUUACAGCGGCAUCAGGGGGCACUGUUGAACUUCUGGAGUUCAGCUGGCCCCUUCUGGGAGACGAGGAGGUCCGUUCGGCCGCCUCGUACGUAGUGCUUCUGAGGCUGGGGGGUUUCUUACUGUGCCUGCCCGAAGGCUUCCUUGACGAGUCUGAGCUGGGCCCGCCUGAGAGUGCUGGCGACGAUCCGGACCUUCCGGGGCUUAGAACCACCAUUUCUGCAUGGCCCAUAGCUCUGUCAGCCACCGGAGAAUGGACUGCCUUUGCGGACCCUUCGCCCAUCAGGGCCAUGCUUGUGGACCUCCCGGCAAGUUAUGCGCUAGCGUUGGGGGCAUUGGACUCGGACUCCUUCAGUGGACAGGGUUUCGGGGAGGAGGAUGUGCCGCCGAAGCAGCCCCCCAACAAGGCUCAAGGCGCGAAGCCCAAGAGGUUGACACUUGCCCAGCUUGCUUCCCAGCAGUCGUCCAUGAUGGACGUCAUGUCAAAGCUCGUCCAGGAAAUUGCGGCGAUUCGCCAGGAGGCAAAGCAGGGCUCGGGCGGAGUGGAACAGCCAAGACCAGCCACGACUGGCGUCCCCCCAGGCAAGAAUGCUGUGGACCUGGCCGCGCCACUAUCUUCCUUGAUGCCGCCCUACCAGGGCGCUCCCAAGUCCCUUGCCCAUCUCCUUGGCCCUCCGCCGAACGCACGAAGGCAGCCGCCCGCAGCCCCAACCCAGGUGGAUCUCGAUGCCCAGCUGGCCAAUGGCAUUAUCGCCGACCUUGCAGCCGCAGUGCUUGCCCAGUCUCAGGCCUUGAUGUCUCUUGUCGCUCAGCUGUCCCAAGGAGGGGACCCCAUCCUGGACAUGCCAGCUUCCAGCACAUCCGUGAGGGGUUCUGUCAACCGCCAGAGGCUUCAGAGCGAGCUCGCCACACACUCGGGGACGUUUGCGCAAAAGGUCCAGGAGCAGGCCAUGAAGCGCAUGAAUCCGACGGGGCUUCUUCCUCCAGACCAGACAGGCAUGUGCAGGUACUACGAGAGGUUUGGCGGUUUCGCGAGGAACAAAGAGCUUGCGCUGGUGGUGUGGCAAGUCAGUCAGGCUUUCGACUUGCUAAACAAGGGAUCGGUAGAUGGAGCCCGCGACAUACUCUCCCUUCUGCUGGUCUAUUUAGAUCAGGUCAACUUGGAUUCCGGCAAUACGACGAUCGCGUGGCUUUUGUCGCUUCUUCAAAGCGACCCGCCGCAGAGCCUUUUUCAGGAUGCGCCGAAUCUUCCUGGCCAAGGGGGGCAUGCCUUCACUCCGCUGGCCGAACAAAAAUGGCUGACGACCGCGAUCUCCUAUUUGAAAGAGGUCGACGCUAUCACGACAAGGCGAGCGGAGCUCAGGUCCAAGAAUCCCAAUCCAUCAAAGAGCCCUCAGCUCCCCAGCCCAGCUCCACCAACAGUUCCUGCAGGCCCCGGCGAUGCAGCCGGAACGAAGAAGGCGCAGCGAGCAGCCGCCUGGGCUGCCAAGAAGGCCGCGGCAGCCGCCAAGGCCGGCGACAAGUGA